CGUGUACCAAAUGUCAAAGUAGUCGCGAGGAUGCCGCGUCCGCGUUCGUCGUGUUCCAAAUUCGAAUUUUAAAAGUUUUAUUCUCAGUUCCGUGGAUUUUUUUUUUUUUUUAUUUGUGAAAUGGCGGGAAUGCAGUUGUUUUUUUUAAUUGCGGCUAUGGCGUCGGUUCUAGAUGGCCAGACCUUGGGAGGCCCCAUGCACGGCAAAGCGGUGGUGUGCUACGUGGCCAGCUGGGCCACUUACCGGCCGGACGCCGGGAAGUACGACAUUGGGGACCUGGAGCCGUCCCUUUGCACUCAUAUUGUGUACUCCUUCGCUGGGUUGGAUGAGAGUACUAAUACUAUUAAGGUUAUGGACCCCUGGCAAGAUAUAGAGAAGAAUAAUGGCCAAGUUGGCUACAAAGGCUUCGUGGGCCUAAAACAACGCUACCCCCACCUCAAGGUGACCAUCGCCAUCGGGGGCUGGAACGAGGGUUCCCUGAAGUAUUCCAAGAUGGCCGCCAGCGAAGAAAAUAGAAAGACUUUUAUUGCUAGCGUUCUGGCUUUUCUUGACAACUACAAAUUCGAUGGUUUGGACUUAGAUUGGGAGUACCCCGCUAGGAGAGACGGCAGACCAGAGGACAAGGCCAACUACGUCACUUUGGUUAAGGAAUUACAAGAAGCCUUCGAACCCAAGAAGUACCUUCUCACAGCAGCACUUGGUGCUGGCAAAGAGACUAUGGACGCCGCAUACGAUCUCGCCAAACUAAGCAGAUACCUAGACUUUAUCCACAUGAUGUGUUACGAUUAUCACGGUACAUGGGACGGCUUCGUUGGAGCCAAUGCUCCUGUCUCCGCCCCUGAACCCGAUGUACUGAGCGUGGAAUACACAAUCAAAUACAUGCUCGACCACGGAGUAAGCCCGUACAAGAUGGUCCUCGGCCUUCCGAUGUAUGGCAGGACGUUUUACCUACAGGACUCCAGCGUGGGGAGGGUGGAGUAUGGUAGAACUGCAGUGAAGAGCCAGGGCUUCAAGGGACCUUAUACUAGGGAAGCUGGUUUCAUGGGGUAUAAUGAGAUUUGCAUGGAGCUCUCAAACCACACCAACUCUUGGCGACGUGAAUGGGACGAAGCUAGCAGCACACCCUUCCUUCGCGACGGAGCGAGGGUCAUCUCCUAUGAUGACCCUCAGUCCAUCGCUGUCAAAGUCAAGUUAGCAAUGUCUUACGGCCUAGGCGGCCUUAUGGUAUGGAGUAUCGACACAGACGACUUCAGAGGGUCCUGCGAUGUAGACCUCUCCAAGAAUGCUUAUGACGUCUUCACGAAGACUUAUGCUGAGAUCAGGGAUAGCCCGGUGUUGAAGGAAGCGUUGAAGACCUUAAAAUUACCUGAUGCCAACCGCAUAGAAAACCUCAGCAAACGCACAGCCUACGUGGCCUCAAACGGCGAACUAUUCCUCCGCCUGCCCGAACCCGAAUACUCGAACUACCCUCUCAUGCGCACAAUCGACGAAGCGACAACCCUAGCGUUAGAAGAGAAGCGCAUACUUGACGAAAUGGACCGGAUCAUGAGAGAGAACGAGAUAGAUGAUAAGCCCGCGCGCAAAUCCAGCCAUAGGGUUGUCGGUAGCUUAGCAUUUUUGUCUUGUGUGUUGUUAUUGUUUAAGUUAUAAUAAGUGAAAGUUCCUACGAAGGUAGACCAGUAUGAUUUUUUGUGUUUUAGUCAUUUAGUUUUAAUUGGAUUAUGCG